CGAAACACAAUCCUCCAUUAUUCAUUUGGCACCACACGAAACCUGACCGCCUUCGUCACACUGUCUUCUCAAUUCUUCAUUUUUGUAUGCUUAUUAUCCAAUUCACUCAUCCUCAUCUCAUCAUUGAUUGAGAGAGAAAAGAAAAAAAGAUGGAGACCUGGUUCAUCAUCCUCAUCUCCCUCUGCAUCUGCGCUCUUCUCAAAUCCCUAUUCGACCUAAUAAUAAUCCCCCUCUUUCCUUCUUCUUCUUCAUCCAACAAGAAUCUCCCUCUUCCCCCAGGACCCACCACUGUUCCAGUGAUCGGAAACUUCCUAUGGAUGCGGAAGUCAUUCUCGGAGCUCGAACCCAUCCUCCGAGACCUCCGGGCUAAGUACGGCCCCAUCGUCACCCUCCAGAUUGGGUCUCGUCCCGCCAUCUUCGUCGGCAGCCACUCCGUCGCCCACCGUGCCCUCGUUCAGAACGGCGCCGUCUUCUCCGACCGUCCCAAGCCCGUCGCCACCAGCAAGUUAGUCACCAGCAACCAGCACAACAUCAGCUCCGCCGCCUACGGCCCCACCUGGCGCCUCCUUCGCCGCAACCUCACCUCCGAGAUCCUCCACCCCUCCCGCGUCAAAUCUUACUCCCGUGCUCGCCAUUGGGUCCUCCAAAUUCUCAUCCACCGCCUUCUCGAAUCCUCUGAAACCCAAGAAGCCGUCAAGGUGGUUGAUCAUUUUCAAUACGCUAUGUUCUGCCUUUUGGUCCUGAUGUGUUUUGGGGACAGGCUUGACGAGACCCAAAUCAAACAAAUCGAGACCGUGCAGCGCGAGUUUCUACUCAAUUUGAAUCGAUUCAAUAUACUCAAUUUUUGGCCUAGGUUAGGGAAGAUUGUGUUCCGCAAGCGCUGGAAGGAGCUCAUACGGCUGCGCCAGAAUCAGGAGGACGUGUUGAUCCCUCUCAUCAACGCCCGAGUGGAAUUUGUGAAACAAAGACAACAGGGGAACCAUCAAGAAGAAGAAGAAGAAGAGAGCGUGGUGGGAUAUGUGGACACUUUGUUGGACCUAGAGCUGCCGGAGGAGAAGAGGAAGCUGAACAACAAGGAGAUAGUGACACUAUGCGGGGAGUUUCUCAACGCAGGCACCGAUACCACCUCCACGGCUUUGCAGUGGAUCAUGGCCAACUUGGUAAAGUACCCUCGGGUCCAGUCCAAAUUGUAUGAAGAGAUCACUGGUGUUGUGGGUCCACCCCCACAAGUAAAAAGCAAAGCAAAGGAAACCACUGCGGUGAUAAAGGAGGAGGAUCUGCAGAGGAUGCCGUACCUAAAAGCCGUGGUGUUGGAAGGGCUUCGGCGGCACCCGCCAGGGCACUUCGUGCUGCCCCACUCGGUGAAGGAGGAUGUGGAGUUGGAGGGGUACCUGGUGCCCAAGAAUGCUAUGGUGAACUUCAUGGUGGCAGAGAUGGGUUGGGACCCAAAUGUUUGGGAUGAACCCAUGGAAUUCAAGCCAGAGAGGUUCUUGACAAAUAAUAGUGGCGAGGAGAGUGAAGUUGAGCGACAUGAUGGUAGUGGAGGAGGAGGGGAGGCAUCGGGGGGUUUGUUCGAUAUAACAGGGAGCAGGGAGAUAAAGAUGAUGCCGUUCGGUGCAGGGAGGAGGAUAUGUCCGGGAAGUGGUUUGGCACUGCUUCACUUGGAGUACUUCGUUGCCAAUUUGGUCUGGUAUUUUGAAUGGACGGCUCCCGGUGGAAAUCAAGAUGAUGUUGAUCUAUCAGAGAAACAAGAAUUCACCAUUGUCAUGAAGAAUCCACUGCGAGCCCACAUCUCCACUAGAUGCUCUGUUAUGCUCUGAUUUUGUGAUGAUAUGCAAUGUACUCACUCUCCCAUAUUCUGUUACUCAAUUAUGAUCUUGAACCAUUUCCUUACAAUAAGAUUGAAGAUGCUAUGGUAUGUGCCCUUUUUUCUUCAAUUGCCUUGAUUUUUAAUUUGGGAAUGAUUUUGCUGUAUAAAGUUGUGAAAAGAAGAGCAAUCAUGAAAUAUGGGUGGGAAAAAUUAUUAAA